GUCCUUUCCCGAUAAGCCCGGUGAUUGCUCGGAUGGUGAACGCUUAGGGCAUUGAAGCUCGAGCUCCUGCCCAGAUUUCGGAUAAAAACCGCCUUUUUUUUGUUCGAUUUUUCAGACAGGAACCCUAAACGCAAACACACACACUCUUUCUCUCUUCAAAGACGAAGGCGAUUCUUGUGACCUCAAAAUCCAUGGAAAUUCAGCUCGAAAUCCUACAAUUUCUGUCAAAAUUUAAGCUCCGUUAAUGGCGUAUGCACAGAUGCCCCGAGCAAAGUUGCAGGGCUUUGUAGCGAAGCUUGCGAUAGAGAGGUAAGAGCUCGCCGUACGCUUUCAGGGAGAAGGAAGAGCUGAACAGGAAGGAGGACUUUGGGCUUCGGAAUUCGAAGCUCGAAAACCGGAGCAGGAAACAACGCCACAGGAAAUCCGGUUUCGCGAGAAGAGAUACUUCCGAGGAGGUCUUCUCGUCGUUCCAAGCCGCUUUAAUCGGUCUUCGAUUGACAUCUGAGGAAACAAUCUGCUGAGUUUGAAGCACAGUGGUAAGAACUAAAACCGUAGAUCCACAAGGUCUAAAGCGUUGUUUUACUGACCAUAUUCUGGCCGGAUCUUCGAAUUCUAGUUUUAAGAUUCCGAUUGAGGAGAAACAACCUCAAAAUUUACGUUGGAGCAGUUCAAUUCCGCCAUUUUUAUCAUCGCAAGCUUGAAAUCUGAAGCAUAAGCUCAGAUCGGAGCCUGAAUUGUAGAAGUGGAAACAAGGAAGCUUUAGUACGAAACGAAAAAGUCUCAGAUCGGUCUAAAAUCUAAAUUGUAAAUAAAAAGGGACGAGUGUGUAAUUCCGCCUUAUGAUUGUCGUUUCCGCCCGUUUUUCCUUAUUUUUUUCCGCGAAGAAGCUUAAAUCUGAGGCAGAAAAGAUCAGGAGUUGAAAUCUGAGGAAUUUUAGGUGAGGCGACUGAGCGGCUUCUGCUAAUAAGCGAAGAGUGAAAAGCACCCACCUUGCACAGGCACAGCUCAUCUAUUUAGACUCUUGCUUUUGUAAGGACUGCAAAAAGCUAGAGGGAGCUGCUGACACUUCCGGCCCUCGAGCGCGAUAUAUCGAGCGUGGAAAACGGCUCUUUAUCACAGAACCAAGUACUGAGACUCGUCAUCAAUGCAGAAGGACAGCGUCCACCUGCACUCAAAACCCUAAUUCAGUUUCUUAGACUUUGCAAGAAGAGUCCCUCACUUCUCUCUCUAUCCCUUUCUCUGUUGUCGGGUUCCGAAUAAGAAGCAGAGAAGAGACAUAAGAGAAAAAAAAAGAAAGAAGGAGAAGAACCAAAAGGGUCUAGUUCCAGUUUUUUCUCGAGAAAGGCAUGAACGUGGUAUGGAGGUGGACGACAUUCAACCGUGUAAGCUUUCCAGGAUUGGCAACGGUCGAAACGAUACAACCAAGAUAGGGCAGAAAGCAGGAGAGCAGUACCAAGAUGAGGACGACGACGAUGGAGAAGGUAGAGGAGGUGGGUGUGGUAGUGGUGGAGGUGGAAAUGAUAGUGGUCGCCUUCGCCAGUGGCCUGCGUCGAGGAUUUUCAGGGUUUCUCGAGCAUCUGGCGGGAAGGAUCGUCACAGCAAGGUCUUAACGGCGAAAGGGCUCAGAGACCGUAGGGUUCGUCUUUCGGUCUCCACUGCUAUCCAGUUCUACGACCUUCAGGACCGCCUGGGUUAUGAUCAGCCAAGUAAAGCUGUAGAGUGGCUGAUUAAAGCUGCUGCAGACGCCAUUGCCGAGCUUCCUUCUCUUAACAGUACCUUUCCCGAUACACCCAAACAACCAAGCGACGAAAAGAGGCCCAACGCGUCCGAACCCAGAUUUAACCCUGCCGAGGUGGAAUUAGAAACCGACCCUUCUUAUCAGCAACAACAGCAGCAGCAGCAUAUUUCUUUGACGAAAUCUGCCUGCAGCAGCACCUCCGAGACCAGCAAGGGCUCCGUUUUAUCUCUUUCCCGGUCUGAAUCCCGAGUUAAAGCCAGAGAGAGGGCUAGGGAGAGAGCUGCGAAGGAGAAGGAGAGGGAGAAAGAGAAAGAGGAUACUCAUGCUGCUCAUCAGCAGGAUGUGAACCAUAAUUCCCAGAGCACUUCUUUCACGGAACUCCUCGCUGCUGCUGCUGCUGCUAAUGACAAUGGCACCAGCCCCACUACAUCAGCUCAGCAAAACCUUGGUUUAUCCAACUUCGUCCUGAAGCCACGACACGUGCCUUCUAGUCCCAUGGAUUACUUUGGCGCAGGGCUUUUUGGGCCGGCAUCGUCCAGAGCACAUAAUUCAUCUGGGUUUUCCGGUCAAACCCACUUUGGGAACCCUCAGCAGCAUUCAAUGGCAAUGCAAUCGCCUUUCAGUGUGACAGGCGAUCAUCCUCCGGAGCUGCAGCAGUUUUCGUUUUUGUCCGAUCAUCUAAUCCCGGCCGCUGCUGCGGCUGGGAAUGAUUAUAAUCUUAAUUUCACAAUCUCUUCCGGCCUUGCUGGUUUGAAUAGGGGGACCCUUCAGUCCAAUUCACCAUCUCCGUUGGCUCACCUUCAGAGGUUUUCUUCUCCUGUUGACGGAUCAAAUGUGCCAUUCUUCAUUGGAACUGCAGCUCCAGGGGCUGCGUCUGUGGAGAAUCAUCAAUUCCCAGCUGGGUUUGAUGCUCGCUUGCAACUCUACUAUGGCGAUGGGUGCAGGCAUUCAGACCUGAAGGGUAAAGGGAAGAACUAAUAAUCUGGAAGAGCAGAUCACACUCGGCCCGUCAUCUUCGUUGCUGAUUUGCAAUCUGCUGGAUUAUCAUGGUGAUUCCCUCGUCGAUUCAUGCGAUCGUUGGUCGGGAUCGUCUAGAUGUCUGCUUUUGAGCCUUUUGCAUGAUCUUUUCCAGUUUUUCUAUGGCCAGUCCAGGUGUCGAGCAAUUUGAUGAAAUUAACACCUUCUCCCAGCACUGUUCAUUAAUGAAUUUUGAAUCCCUAUUUGCCCGUCUAGACUCUAGAGUCCGACUUAAAACUACACAUAAUACCAUAAAUGUCCGUUGCGCUGCCAGUUGCCAUUAUACGAGGCAGAUGUUCAGCCUAUUGUCGGACGUGUCAAAUCCAUCUUCAUUUAUCGACCGUGAAUCAAGUACAUGUUCCCUCGUCAAG